AUGAAAAGAUAUUCCUAGAUCAUUUUAAACAGACCUUAUAAGAAAUAAAUGAAUAAGAAUUAUAAAUCAGAUUAUUUCAAUGAACAAUUUGUAUUUAUUAGAGAAGAAUAAUAAUUCUUUUAUGAAAUUGUUACAUAAGCACAUAAUAAUAGAGUAUGGGAUGAUUUAUAUUUAAUAUUUUAGGUUUUUGAUUAUCCAGCAAAAUAAAUAGAUGUUAAACCUAUUUGUAAAAGAAGGUAUACAUUUAAAAUGUUUGAGAAUUAUAUUCUUAAAAUAGGAAGAUUUGCAGACCUUCAUUUGAUAAUUAAGUAUAACAACUUCUUAAAUAAAUUUUAGUAUCAAUUUAUUUGGUCAAAAUAUAGAAAUCUAAGAGGAUAAUUUCAAAAAUUUUAAGAAUUAAGAUAAUUAAAAAGAAAUAAAGAGGACAGGGAAAACCUAAAAUCAAACGAAAAAAAGAAAAACAAAUCGUCCAUCAUACCUCACCCACAGUGAAUAGGAAUAAAUAGACUAGUAAACAAUAAAAUCAAAAGAUGCAUGA